CUUUGUCUCCUUCCUCUUUGAAACUCUUUAAUACAUGAUCAUCUUUUCCCCUUUUGAUUUCUCUAAAUUUAUGAGCCUUUUCUGCUCUUUUCCAUAUCAUGAACUCUGGAGUUCUUGAAUACAAUACAAUUGUGCUACAGUGUAGAGUAAAAAUGGUGUUUUGGAGAUUGGUUAUGUUACUGAUUACGCUUACUUCAAUUUCCUUUCAGCCAUCCAAUGCACGUUAUGUACACUCUUUCGAACAUUUAGCUCAGACUCCAGAAUCCCGAUCAAAAUUAGAUAAUCAGGUAGCCCCAUCACCAAGCUUUAUUGCUGCAGCUAACGCGAAUUCAGGUACUAAUCAAGCCCCUGUAGGCCAACCAACGGCGGCUUUUGUUAGUGGUAGCUGCGCCGGAGCGUCUAAUAAGUGUCAGGAUGAUCAUAUCAGUAUGACUGCCUGCUUUUUUCCUGCCAAGAAAGGACAUGAGGAAUCAUUUUUGUUCAUCCACAACAACGGCGAGAACCCUUUGAUGGUGAAGGUCAAUGUUUCACCUGCAAACAAAACUUAUGAUAAUAUUCAGAUACAAAGACAUGAUGUCAAGCAGAUCAAUAUCUCGUCUAGAAUUAUUGGAGCGAAUUCAUCAAUUAUACUAGACACUGGAACUGGAAAAUGUACGAUUGAUAUGGGACGUUCAGUAUGGCAAGGCUACUUUAACUUGCCAUAUUCUUAUACUAAGUAUGUUACCCCCACAAAUGGGGCAUAUUUGCUAGGUGUAACAGCUCUUCUAAUCGGAGGAAUAUUAUUCAUCUGCUGCAAGUUAAGAAAACAAGAUCGACAUCUUGAUGGUGUUGCAUAUCAAGAACUUGAAAUGGGAAAACCAGAACUUCAAUCUUCCAUCAAGUUGGAAACUAACGCUGAAGGGUGGAAUGAGAGUUGGGACGACGAUUGGGAUGAAGAGGAAGCAGUGAAUCCACCUGGUGGAAAAAACAUAAGCAGAAAACUAGCAAAUGGUUUUGAUGAUUUGGAUAAGAGUUAACAUAAAGACACAGAUUUUGUUCCAUUUUCUUGAAGAUAGUUCAUAGGAAAAAAUAGAAGGGUGAGAAGUGGAUGCAGUAGAUGUUAAAGAGGAAUAGGAAACUGCUAAAGAAUUACAAUUUUAAACA